AUGUUGCCUGGGAUGGACCUCCCCCUGGGACCCCCUCCCCAGCGAGCCAGCUGGUGGGGGGACGUGUUCCCCGGGCGGGGUCGCGGUCUGGAGUCUCGGGAAACGGCGCUCCGAGGCCGCGUGCCGCUUUCUUCUUUCUCUCUCUGCAGCAUCGUCCCAGACAUAGCAGUUGGUACAAAGCGGGGAUCCGACGAGCUCUUCUCUGCCUGUGUCACUAACGGACCCUUUAUCAUGAGCAGCAACUCGGCUUCUGCAGCAAAUGGGAACGACAGUAAGAAGUUCAAGGGUGACAACAGGAGUGCAGGUGUGCCCUCCAGAGUGAUCCACAUCCGGAAGCUUCCCAGUGACGUCACCGAGGGCGAGGUCAUUUCUCUGGGGCUGCCCUUCGGGAAGGUCACCAAUCUCCUGAUGCUGAAAGGGAAAAAUCAGGCUUUCAUCGAGAUGAACACAGAGGAGGCCGCCAACACCAUGGUCAACUACUACACGUCCGUGACCCCUGUGCUGCGCGGCCAGCCCAUCUACAUCCAGUUCUCCAACCACAAGGAGCUCAAGACAGACAGCUCACCCAACCAGGCGCGGGCCCAGGCGGCGCUGCAGGCGGUGAACUCGGUGCAGUCGGGAAACUUGGCCCUGGCCGCCUCGGCUGCCGCGGUGGACGCGGGGAUGGCCAUGGCUGGCCAGAGCCCGGUGCUCCGGAUCAUCGUGGAGAACCUCUUCUACCCGGUGACCUUGGACGUGCUCCACCAGAUCUUCUCCAAGUUUGGCACGGUUCUGAAAAUCAUCACGUUUACCAAGAACAACCAGUUUCAAGCCCUGCUGCAGUACGCCGACCCUGUGAGCGCGCAGCACGCCAAGCUGUCGCUAGACGGGCAGAACAUCUACAAUGCUUGCUGUACCCUCCGUAUCGACUUCUCCAAGCUCACCAGCCUCAACGUCAAGUACAACAAUGACAAGAGUCGUGACUACACACGCCCUGACCUGCCCUCCGGGGACAGCCAGCCUUCGCUAGACCAGACCAUGGCUGCUGCCUUCGCCUCUCCGUAUGCAGGAGCUGGUUUCCCUCCCACCUUUGCAAUUCCUCAAGCUGCAGGGUGA